CCCUUUGUCAAGCUGUAGUGAUUUACAUUCUUUCCGUGAAACUUAUUUUUGUUUCUUUGCUUGUAUACAGAUGGAUGUAGAAAGGUUGAAGAAGAUGGCCAGUUCUGUUCGAACUGGUGGAAAGGGUACCAUGAGAAGGAAGAAGAAGGCUGUCCACAAGACUACUACUACAGAUGACAAGAGGCUUCAAAGCACCCUGAAGAGAAUAGGGGUGAAUGCUAUCCCUGCAAUUGAGGAAGUCAACAUCUUUAAGGAUGAUGUAGUUAUCCAGUUUUUAAACCCUAAAGUGCAAGCAUCUAUUGCUGCCAAUACUUGGGUUGUUAGUGGUUCUCCUCAAACAAAGAAACUGCAGGAUAUUCUCCCUAACAUCAUCCACCAAUUAGGGCCAGAUAACCUGGAAAACCUAAAGAAACUAGCUGAACAAUUUCAGAAGCAGGCACCUGAAGCAGGAGCUGCUGCAACCACAGCACAGGAUGAUGAUGAUGAUGAUGAGGCUGUCCCGGAUCUUGUCCCAGGAGAGACUUUUGAGGCAGUUGCUGAGGAGACUAAGUCUUAGAAUUUUUUUACUGUGUCGUCUUUUAUAUAUUUUGGAUGUUUCUUAAGCUUUUUGCUUUCAUUUUUGCCCUUUUAAAAUUGAAAGUUUUUCAGGUGUUGUUUAUACUUUAAAUUGUUAAAACACUCUUAAUUGUGGGCCCCAUCAUCUAACUAGAAAGUGUUACCAUCUGACUGCACCUGAGUUUGUGUAUUGUAUGUUCAUUUUUCGAGGUAAAAAUCAAUUUUGUUAAUUUA